AUGGUAAAGCUAAUUGAAUAUCCUCGUACAGCUACUUUCGCAUGGUCGCACGAUAAAUUGCCGAUCUUGGCUACGGGUACUGCCUCAGGGACGGUAGAUGCAGACUUUUCAAGCGCAUCAACACUUGAGUUUUGGUCGAUUCUAUCAAAAGAUAAUAGCAAGCCCGAUGCUGUUAUUAAUGCAGAUGCAAAGUUUAACGACUUAGAUUGGAGUAAGGACAAUGAAAUUUUGGCGGGGGCGUUAGAGAACGGGGUUGUUGAGUUCUUCAACCCGGUGGAAAAAAAGUCUACGGCGAAGAUCGCGAAACAUUCAGCUGGGGUUCGCACGGUUCGUUUUAACAGCAAACAAAGUAAUUUGCUCGUUUCAGGAGGUAGCCAAAGUGAGAUUUUUGUUUGGGAUGUAAACAAGGUGUCUACUCAGGGGUAUAGUCCUUUUGGACCCGGUAAGGCAAUGACACCCGUAGAUGAAGUGCAAUCACUAUCAUGGAAUCAGACAUUGGCUCAUGUGUUUGCAUCUGCGGGUUCAUCGGGCUAUGUUUCCAUUUGGGAUCUGAAGGCCAAGAAAGAGGUUAUUCACCUAAGUUAUACAUCUCCUACAUCUGGGUUAAAGAACCAAUUAUCAGUUGUGGAAUGGCAUCCUAAUAAUUCCACCAAGGUUGCUGCUGCUACUGGAAACGAUAAUGAGCCUACGAUUCUUGUAUGGGAUCUAAGAAAUGCUAACACGCCAUUACAGGUACUGUCGCAGGGUCAUAAUAAGGGUAUUCUCUCUCUAGAUUGGUGUCACCACGAUGAGCGCCUCAUGCUUUCAAGUGGUCGUGAUAACACUUGUGUUUUAUGGAAUCCUGAAGAGGGCCAAAAGUUGACUCAGUAUCCAACUCGCGGGAACUGGUGCUUUAAAACGAAGUUUGCACCAGAAGCCCCAGAGUUGUUUGCGAGUGCCUCAUUCGAUAACAAAAUUCAGAUCCAAACGCUACAAAAUUUGGAAAACAAACUGGAUUUGGACGAGACAGCAUAUAAACAGCAGGAAUCUGAAGCAGAAUUUUGGAGUAAUGUAUCUCAAAAUGAAUCCAAUGAAAAGCCCACAAUUAGCAAACUACAGGCGCCUGCAUGGUAUGGUAACAGAUCUGCAGCUGCGCAAUGGGCGUUCGGCGGUAAGCUGGUUUCCGUUACCGCUGACGGUAAAGGUGUUUCAAUAACAACUCCAUCCAUUGAAGGUUUUGAGAAGAAUACAAUGCUAGAUGCAGCAUUAGAGUCAAAGGACUUUGUACCUAUCAUAAACAAGAGAUUAGCAAACACUAUUGACAGUACAAAUGAAGAGGACUGGUCAUUAUUAGAAAGCUUGUCUAUGGAUGGCAAAGUUACAUACUUAUCGGAGGCCAUGUCUUUGGAUGAUAAGGAUGAAGAUGAUGUAGAAUCUUCCCAAGAUCAGCAAGGUGAUUUUUUUAAUAAUCUAACUGCUGGUUUUACCCCUAAAGGUUCUUUCCAAUUGGAUUUGUCAAAGCCUAAUUUAACUGAUAAUUUAUUAAACGGCAAGUUAGAUAAGGCAGUCAACGCCACUUUAAAAGAAGGCUUGUUACUAGAGUCGCUAGUGAUAGCUUUGAACUCUAAUGAUCCUACUCUAAAACAGCGCGUGAACAAUGCGUAUUUCGCAAAGUAUGCGGAGUCUUCCUCGUUAGCAAGGACUUUGUAUUCAAUUGCAGAGAAAAAUGUAGAAGACUUGGUUGAUAAUGUGGAGGUUUCACAAUGGAAGCAUAUUGUAAAGGCCAUUAAUACCUACGUUGAUGAAGAACAUAAAGAUGAACUUUUGGUUAGAUUGGGUGAUAGAUUAUUUGAAAAUAAACAAAGACAGGAUGCUUUGGUUUUAUAUUUGGCAGGUAACUCCUUGGAUAAGGUUGCGUCGAUAUGGUUGAAAGAGCUGCCUGCUUUGGAACACAAGUUGAGUUCUGAAAAAGCCACUUUGAAUGAGGCUCAUAUGAAGUGUUUAACUGAAUUUGUCGAGAGAUUCACCGUGUUAUCCAAUUAUUUGAAUGAGCGGCCCGAAACUAAAUUAACUAAUAAUGAGCUAAUCUCAAAAUUCUUAGAGUUCGUUAACAUGACUGCAUCCAGCGGUGAUUUUGACUUGGCAUUGAAAUUCUUGGACAAUUUACCGGGUGAUAAUCCUCAAGUGAAGACUGAAAGGCAACGUGUUUUAAUUGCUUCGGGAAGGUUUCCUCAAAGAAAAUCGAACGUUGGAAAACCCAAGUACGUAGCUUCUCAACAAGCAAUGGGUGCAGCAUCUGCUUCAAUUGGUGGCCCUACCUCUGCUAAGCCAUUUGCAGAACGCCCACCUGCAUUUGCUCCUGGCGUUUCAAAUACAUUGAAUUCAAGUUUCCAACCCCCAAUUGGCAGAACGAAUACGUUCGGGGCUCCUAGCUACCCAACUGGUCCUGUUGCACCACCUAACAGAUAUGCGCCAUCUUCUGUAUCGCCUUCUCAAAAUACACCAAGCAAUCCUCCUGUCCAGUUAGCAACACCAGGCAAUCCAUACGCUCCACCUUCUAACGCUGUAAACUCAUUUUCAGGCAACAACAACCCAUAUGCAACACCAUCGAUGAUGUCUACCCCAGCGUCCCCAGCAGCAACUCCAUAUUCGGCUUCACCUUACUCCAAGGGAUAUUAUAAUUCGAAUACACCAGUACCCGCAGUCGAUCCAUCUUCCAGGGUUAUGUCUGGACAAACUCCACGUUUGAACAAAAAUGCGAAUAAUGGUUGGAAUGAUUUACCAGAGAUCAUCAAGGAGAAAACCAGUAGAGCUAAACCGGUGUCGACCGCUCCUAUAAAUUCCGUAACUCCUGCUAAUCAGCUAGGUGUCCAACCUGGAUCAGCAGCAAUUCCACCACCACCGUUGUCAAGAGUUACUUCCACGUCAAGCGUACCUACGGGCGCGCCACCUUUGAACAGAGCUUCGUCGAACCCUAGUACACCAUCGAUGCCCCCCCCACCACCAUCUAAAUUGUCGAGAGGGCCAUCCUUGGCUCAACCAAAUGUUGUUUUGAAUGAGCAACCUUCCAUUAACCCCUAUGCACCACCUCAGGCGAAAAAUCCUUCGUUUUCUACACCUUCAAACCCAUAUGCCCCCCCUACGUCCAAUGUAAACCCACGCAGUAGUCCACUUCCAGUAGCCUCCCAGGCUAUGUCUUCUCCGCCAACUAACCCAUACGCUCAACAGGGUCCUACUGUUCACGCCCCUUCCAAAGCUAUCCCUGGCCCCCCACCAAAAGCAAUGGCAAGGAAGACGAACGUCAGCGGCAAGGAUAUAAGUUCAGCGAAUGAUUUACUCACUUCAAUGCAGAGAGGUCCUAACGGCGCCGCGGCAUUUUCUCCGCAGCAACAGACAGCGCCACCUCCUGUUAAGAAAAGUGUUUCCCCAACGUCACAGGUAACACCUGAGACAUUUGAGACGCCAUCUGCGUACAAGCCAAUAGUCGAUUUCCUCAGCGAAGAGUUGGCUCGUGUUACACCGUUGGUUCCAGCCGAAUUCGGAAAGCAAUUAAAGGACUGUAACAAGAGAUUGAAGAUCUUGUUUAAUCAUCUUGAAAAGCAGGAUCUCUUAACUCAGCCUACCGUCGAUAAACUUCACCACCUCGUCAAUCUAUUGAAAGAACAUAAAUAUUCUGAAGCCUCGGCUGUUCAUGUCGAUAUUGCAACCAACCACGCACAGGAGGCAGGAAACUGGUUGACAGGUGUUAAGAGAUUGAUAGGUCUCGCAGAAGCUACCUCUAAUUAG